AGACCAACUCGCCACUGCCGGACUGACCUGGUUCCCAGUCCUGCUGCCCAGACUCUAGGCUAAACUCCAGACUUCAAGAUGGGGGAUGAGGAGAAACGCAACAGGGCCAUCACGGCCCGGAGACAGCACCUGAAGAGUGUGAUGCUCCAAAUUGCUGCCACUGAGCUGGAGAAGGAGGAGAGCCGCCGUGAGUCCGAGAAGCAGAACUACCUGUCGGAACACUGCCCGCCCCUGCACAUCCCUGGCUCCAUGUCUGAAGUGCAGGAACUCUGUAAACAACUGCAUGCCAAGAUUGACGUGGCUGAGGAGGAGAAGUAUGACAUGGAAGUGAAGGUGCAGAAGAGCACCAAGGAGCUGGAGGACAUGAACCAGAAGCUGUUUGAUCUGAGGGGCAAAUUCAAGAGGCCCCCCCUGCGGCGGGUGCGCAUGUCCGCCGACGCCAUGCUGAAGGCGCUGCUGGGCUCCAAGCACAAGGUGUGCAUGGACCUGCGGGCCAACCUGAAGCAAGUCAAGAAGGAGGACACAGAGAAGGAAAGAGACCUGCGCGAUGUGGGUGACUGGAGGAAGAACAUCGAGGAGAAGUCUGGCAUGGAAGGCCGCAAGAAGAUGUUUGAGUCUGAGUCCUAGGCCUCGGCGCCCUGCUCAUCGCAGGGAAGCAUCCAGGCAUGAAAGGACCUGGCUUCAUCCCAGUGGUCAAUAAAGGAUUCGAAUCCCAU